GGCCCGUGGAUCAGCUGGAUUAUGAAAGUUUGAACAUAUUUCUGUGUUAUUACACUAUCGCACACUGGGCGAUAAGGGGAUUAAUCGCCUUGUCUUUGCGGCAAUCAAUCUUCCUGAACGCCUUCCUUCUGUCUUGCACCGGCUAUAAUGAAAAGUCGCCCUCUGCAUGGCACACGCGGCACUUCGUCUUCCAAAGUCGCUCGAAGUUUGCUCGGGACAGUUGGGAGAGACAUUGACACUCUCCAGAAAUGGCCAUGCAAGCUCACUAUCAAGCAGAAGCCACAGAAGAAGAGAAUUUUGGGCCACAGGCAAUAACCCGACUGGAGCAAUGUGGGAUAAAUGCAAAUGAUGUCAAGAAACUGGAGGACGCCGGGUUCCACACGGUAGAAGCGGUGGCUUAUGCGCCAAAGAAGGAACUGCUCAAUAUAAAAGGCAUUAGUGAGGCUAAAGCUGAAAAAAUCCUAGCCGAAGCUGCCAAACUGGUUCCCAUGGGAUUUACUACAGCCACUGAGUUUCACCAGAGGCGCUCUGAAAUAAUACAAAUCGGUACUGGUUCCAAAGAGCUCGACAAGCUACUACAAGGGGGCAUUGAAACUGGCUCUAUCACAGAGAUGUUUGGUGAGUUUCGCACUGGGAAGACUCAGCUGUGUCACACUCUUGCUGUUACCUGUCAGCUUCCCAUUGAUCGAGGUGGUGGCGAGGGGAAGGCCAUGUACAUCGAUACAGAAGGAACCUUUCGUCCAGAACGUUUGCUUGCUGUGGCUGAAAGAUAUGGAUUAUCGGGAAGUGAUGUUCUUGAUAACGUUGCUUACGCCCGUGCCUUUAACACCGACCAUCAGACCCAACUCUUGUACCAAGCGUCAGCCAUGAUGGCAGAGUCAAGAUAUGCCCUUCUUAUAGUGGACAGUGCGACUGCACUUUACAGGACUGAUUAUUCUGGAAGAGGGGAGCUUUCAGCACGACAAAUGCACUUGGCUCGCUUUCUUAGGAUGUUACUCCGACUCGCUGAUGAGUUUGGAGUUGCAGUCGUCAUCACAAACCAGGUGGUUGCCCAAGUAGAUGGAGCUGCCAUGUUUGCUGCUGAUCCCAAGAAGCCCAUUGGAGGAAAUAUUAUAGCUCACGCAUCUACUACACGGUUAUAUCUGAGGAAGGGCCGCGGUGAAACGCGUAUCUGCAAAAUCUACGAUUCCCCCUGCCUCCCUGAAGCAGAGGCAAUGUUUGCAAUUAAUGCUGAUGGGGUGGGAGAUGCCAAGGACUGAGCUGUGCAAAGUACCACACCAAAUGCAUUCACUUCUGAUCUGUCUGUCCUGAUAGUGGCAAAGGUCCCAAAAGUGGCUUGUCACUAAUCAGCUGGAAAAGGCACUUGGGAAUGGCAAACUUUUGGCAAACAGAUUAAAGCUAUAGGCAACACCAUUGAAGAAAGAUUCCUAUGCAAUGGCCGUUGUUUAUACAUCUACAAUGAACUGCUUGUCGACAAGGAUGGAGGCCAAGCAUCAAUACUCUAUAUCUGUUUCUACCCACAAAAGGAAAAUGGCUUUAUCUAUCUACAAAUGCCCGUGUCCAUAUGUUGGGUGAAACAUGCUGGUCCGACCUCUUUUCCUAUAAAACCGCACAUAAUAUUACUGGAGGCAAGCACCUCAGACCUCCAGAUACAAACUGUCGUGUAGAAGCCUGAAAAGCAAUAGAACUCCUUCAGCAAAUUGGAUGGAAUGAGAGAGGCAAAUUCCGAGAAUGCCCUGAUCUACUGAGAAAUUAUUUCUGUAAUAUACAUGUUAUGAUAAUAUACAUGUUAUGAAUAUGUUUUUGAUGAGCUUCAAGAAAUUUUUUUGUUUUAGUUAAAGGAUGUGAAUAUAUGUAUAUAGAUGGAUAUGCUGUUUAAAUAUAAGCUUCAUAACCGCU